AAAAAUCGUUAUUUAUUUUUUUUUUUUUUCUACCAUGGCCUGUAGCUUCCUAAACACGGACGAGGCGUCCCCGCCGGCUCUCGCGGACCUGUGUCUGACCCACGUGAGUCAGAACCUGGAGUGGUUCUGCGUGAAGCGGCCCGAUGGAUCCCUGCGCUUCAGAGAGGCGGUGCUCUUCCCGCAGGAGCUGGCGGACCAGCUGCUGGCCAAGAUGGCCACUGAAGGCCUGUUGAACGACAGCACCGUGGGGGUGUUUCGUACCUGCGAGUACCUGCGUCUGAGGCGGGCCUGCGUCCGCACGGCGCGCAUCUCCGCCGAGGCCUUCCAGAAAGCCCUCUGCUCUCACAGGCUGCUGGAGCUGGACGCCGCCAGGGUCAACGCGGACCUCACCAUCCCGGACAUCCUGCAGGGACUGGCCACCAAUAAAUAUUGUCAGGAGUCCCUCCAGCGACUGGUCCUGACGGGUCUCACCAUGUCCUCUCUGGAGGAGCCCAUCCGCUAUCGCUUCAGCUCCCUCCGGGGGCUCCGCUCCCUCUCUCUGGCCAACGUCGACUUCUACAACUCCGGGAUGGCGGACGUGUGUUCGCUGCCUCGGCUGGAGAGCCUCGACCUCUCCAACACCUCGGUGACCAACCUGAGACCCCUGCUGGGCCUGAAGGAGCGGCUGCGCUCGCUCACACUGCACCAGCUGAAGAGGCUGGAGAUGAGCACCGAGCAGCUGCUGGGGGUCAUCGGCCAGUUGGAUGCUUUGCAGCACCUGGACAUCAGCGACGACAAGCAGUUUACCUCCGACGUGGCUCGGCAGCUGCUUGGACAGCGGGGGAUCCUGCCCGCUCUCGUCUCCCUGGAUGUGUCUGGGAGGAAACAGGUCACCGAUGCGGCGGUCAAGGCGUUCGUGGAGGAGAGACCGGGGAUGACCUUCGUGGGACUUCUGGCCACCGACGCUGGAUUUUCCGACUUCCUCUCAGGAGAAGGAACCCUCAAGGUGACGGGAGAAGCCUACGAGACCCAGGUCUGCGAGGCCCUGCGGCGCUACAGUGAGAGGGAAGGUUUUGUGAGAGAAGCCCUGUUUCAUCUGUUCAGCCUGACCCACGUGAUGGAGAAACCCAGGCCCGACAUCCUCAAGCUGGUGGUUCUGGGGAUGAGGAAUCACCCCGCCACUCUGAACGUCCAGCUGGCAGCGAGCGCCUGCGUGUUCAACCUGACGAAGCAGGACCUGGCGGCGGGGAUGCCGGUGCGGCUGCUGAGCACCGUGACUCAGCUCCUGCUGGAGGCCAUGAGGACGUUCCCCAACCACCAGCAGCUGCAGAAGAACUGCCUGCUGUCUCUGUGCAGCGAUCGCAUCCUGCAGGAGGUCCCGUUCAACAGGUUCGAAGCGGCCAAGCUGGUGAUGCAGUGGCUCUGCAACCACGAGGACCAGAACAUGCAGAGGAUGGCCGUGGCCAUCAUUUCCAUUCUGGCCGCGAAGGCAUUCCUGUCGUGUUUUGUCCUCCACGCUAAGACGUUUUGCUUCUCCCAGCUCUCCAACGGAGCAGACGGGCUCAGCUGGGAGCCGAGCUGUUUCAUCGUGAAGCAACUGCUCCACAUUGUGUGUCAGAAGGCCACUAAGGGCGUCGUGGACGCCACCCUGAAGUUCACGCUGAGCGCGCUCUGGAACCUCACCGACGAGUCGCCGACGACCUGCCGCCAUUUCAUCGAGAACCAGGGCCUGGACCUGUUCAUCAAAGUGCUGGAGUCCUUCCCCAACGAGUCCUCCAUUCAGCAGAAGGUUCUCGGCCUGCUGAACAACAUCGCCGAGGUCGGGGAGCUGCACGUGGAGCUGAUGGUGCAGGGCUUCCUGGACCACAUCAGCACCCUGCUGCACAGCCCGGAGGUGGAGGUCAGCUACUUCGCCGCGGGCAUCCUCGCCCACCUGACGUCACGAGGGGCGGACGCCUGGACGCUCGGCCCGGAGCUUCGGUCCUCGCUGCUGGAGCAGCUGCACGACGUCAUCAUGAAGUGGCCGGCGCCCGAGUGUGAGAUGGUGGCCUACAGGUCGUUUAACCCCUUCUUUCCGCUGCUGGAGUGCUUCCACACGCCCGGCGUCCAGCUGUGGGCGGCGUGGGCCAUGCAGCACGUCUGCAGCAAGAACGCCGCUCGCUACUGCAGCAUGUUGCUGGAGGAGGGCGGCCUGCAGCAGCUGCAGCUCGUCCACACGAACCCGCAGACCCACAAAGACGUGAAGCUGCUGGCCACGAGCAUCCUGGAGAGCCUGCAGCGCCACAGAGGGGGCACCGGCCAGCCCGCCGCCCCCCAGAGGAAAUGAGGCUCCUCCCCCCCCCCCCGACCCGAGCACGCCGGGUCCCACCGCAGGGGCGACGUCCUCGAGGAGACACGACGCGAUCCUUUGCACAGAAACACACUAACUUUAUUUAUUUUCUUUGCGUUUUUUGUUUCUUGUUACAAAUAAAAAUAAAAGGAUAAAAGAAGAAUUUAAAUGAUGAGAACCGUAAAGUAAAUCAGCGCUCACGUACCAGUCUACUAGUCUCAGUCUGAGGGUUCUCCCCCCCCCCCCCCCAUGUCACUGAACACUGGUCGUCUGAAUUAGGUCGAUUUAGCUCGUUAGACGUGACGCCGCAUGCUGGAGUUUGUCUGAAUGCUCGCGCACGCUUGUUUGUUUGUUUGUUUGUUUGUUUGCGUCGUGUUCACUGAAACUCCCCUCUGGGUCUCUCUCCCCGCCGCUACGACUACCAGCUAAUGCCUUUUCUUUGGAUUUGACGCGUCGGGACACUCGCCGUGGGCGGAGUUCACCGGGUUCAGAGGAAAAUGUUUAAUUAGACGUCUGAGGGGCGGUUUAUAUGUUGUUUGGCCCCGCCCCCAAAUCAGAAGAGCCAGAGAAGAGUUGAAAGGAUUCGAUUGGUCAGUUUCGUCACGAAGGAUUUAAAUGUGUGUUUUCUCUCUUUUGGGGAAACGUGCGUGUGUGUCGGGGUUUGUUGACUUGUGAUGCGAGACGGAGCUUCAGUGUGUGUGUGUGUGUGUGUGCGUGUGCGCAUGUAUGUCAGUAACUGCAUCUUUAAAAACAACAACAAAUGCGUCUGUCAUUUGUACAUAUAAGAUAAAUGAGAGCGUUGUUCAGUAUCGGUUGCAUGGAAAUUAUAAUUGUGUGUGUGUGUUCCGUUGUUUGUUGCAUCUGAGAAUUAUGAUGCAGAGCAAAGUAAACGGAGCGAGCGGGUUUUUAUUUUAUUUUUCUUCAGUUCUGAAGUGAAAACAUUCAAAUGUCCAGAGGAGCCACCGAGUUCCUGUCGCCCAUGUUCAGCCCCGACGUCGCCCUCCAUGCGGUCACGAGGAAUGAUAAAGUUUUACACACACACACACACACACACACACACACACACACACACUCCUUAUGGGCUCAGUGCAUCGGGGCCUUAUUGUUUCCUGUGGAUCAAUACUUGUGUGAGCUUGAUAAUCGUGCAUGAGCUGAUCUCAUCGGCUUUAAUAAAAAGAGUUUAAAUUCAAGAUGGAAGUCGUGCGCCGUGUUGCUGCUGGAAAUAAAGAAUGUGCAUUCCCAUGAA